UCCAAUCUUCAUUGCUGGUCAUUUAAUUGCAGUCGGACUCGUAAACUUCAAGGAACACAUUCAUCAUCAUGCUGUCUGCUUCACGCUGGAUGCGCAUUUUCACCUGUCUGCUGCUUCUGCUGCUGAUUUUGGGCUGUUCCAUUGACGUCACCGUGGGCAAGCGCAUGCCUCAUAAAUUCGCCACAUACGACAAUCGUAUUGUUGGCGGUCAGGACGCCGAGGAGGGGGCGGCACCUUAUCAGGUCUCGAUACAAACAGCUUGGAGAACAAAUAUCUGUGGCGGGGUUAUACUCGACGAUCGUUGGAUACUCACCGCUGGACACUGCGCCCUCGACUUUAAUCUCGCUGAUCUGCGAAUUAUUGUGGGCACCAAUGAGCGUCUGGUGCCCGGUCAAAUACUCUUUCCCGAUGAGGCUAUAGUGCACUCGUGUUACGAUAGACCAGCCAUAUAUGCCAAUGAUAUUGGACUGUUUCAUCUGAACGAUUCGAUUGUGUUUAAUGAACGUACUCAGGCUGUUCAGCUAAGCAGAGAGUAUCCGCCAGCCGGUGCUACGGUGACUUUAACUGGUUGGGGUGCUCCGGAACUCAAUUGGCCAGCAAUGGAGAAACUGCAAACUAUCAAUUUGACUGUCAUCGAUCAUGCUGAGUGCAAGGCUCUUUGGGAUGGCACCGACAGCGUGGACAUUGGACAUAUUUGCACCUUCACCAAGGAAGGUGAGGGUUCUUGCAAUGGCGACUCUGGCGGACCGCUGAUGUGGGAAAACAAGCUGGUGGGCUUGGUCAACUGGGGCGCCCCUUGCGCCGUUGGCAAGCCUGAUAUGCAUGCCAAUACCAUAUACUAUACGGAGUGGAUACGUCGCACCAUUGCAGGCUGUAAGCAGCGGGUCAAUUGAUUUGUCAUUUAUUGACCAAUGAGUGGACAACUUUCUGCUAGUGGUCAAGCCAGCAAGUCAUUCUUAUUUGUUUACAUGUUUGUUGGUUUUUUGGCGAUUUUAUUGGCUUGUUUUUAUAGGAAAAUUUGUGGCUAUCAAGUUUGUAUUAUUAAUAAGUUAAUAAAAAUGGCGAAAU